ACCGACUAACGGCGAACAACGCAACAACAACCCGGAGGAGACGCAUGGCGGCCCGCAUGAGUGCCCUCCUCUCUGACACUCGGCCUGUUCUCAGUCAGUAAACUCGUUUAAAGAGGAGCACGGCGGCGAAUAACAGUCGAGAGUUGAGUGUCAUGUCCAGGCUGGCCGUGGUGUGUGGGGGCUCCAGGGGCAUCGGGAAGGCGGUGUCCCGCCUGCUGGCAGAGAGAGGCUGCAGGCUGGUCGUUGUCUCCAGGAACAAAGAUGCUGCUCAAGCCGCUGUGGCAUCUCUACAUGGAGCUGACCACGUGGCUCUCAGCUGUGACGUCUCCAAAGAGCAGGAGGUGCAGAAAACCUUUGAGACGAUCCAGAAGACCUGUGGGAACAUCUCUUAUCUUGUGAACGCAGCCGGCAUCAACAGGGACGGGCUGUUACUGAGGACUAAGCCGGAGGACAUGCUGGCUGUGCUUCACACCAACCUGCUGGGCACCAUGCUGACCUGCAGGGCGGCACUGCGCGGCAUGCUGCACGCCGAGCGAGCUGCUAUCGUUAAUAUAGGCUCAGUUGUGGGCCUGAAGGGGAACGCCGGCCAGUGUGUCUACAGCGCCAGUAAAGCCGGCCUUGAAGGCUUCACACGCUCUUUGGCUAAAGAAGUUGCGUCACGUAAUAUCAGCGUUAACCUGCUCGCUCCAGGUUUCAUCCGCACCGACAUGACCGCAGGACUGAAGGAGGAAGACGGGGUGCGUUUUAUCCCACUGGGGAGAUUUGGCGAGCCGGAUGAGGUAGCCCGGGCCGUCCUCUUCCUUUUGGAGUCGUCCUACAUUACGGGACAGGUGCUGGUGGUGGAUGGAGGACUGCAGCUGGCAAUGUAGUGAGAGUCUGCAGGACUCGAAACAAUGUCAGCGAGGCAGGUGAAAGCCUCGUUGGAGACUUUAAAAUAAACAUUGAGCUCUCAGUUACUUGUGACUGAAGAGCAUCUGACUGCAUAAAAAAGCAACACUUAACUUUGCUUCAGGGUUGAAGUUAAACGUUGUUGACAAGAUAUGAAAAGGCAGUGAUUUGUUGUUGACAUAGGAGACACAAAUCCUUUCACCGUCCUGCUGCUUUCUGUCUUCCUGCUGAGUCAUUCUGUCCAGCCACAGUAGGCGUGGUCUGAUGUGUGUGUGCAUGUGUGUGUGUGACACUUGGUCGUGACUAACGCUGCUGACUCCAGAGUGUCUGGCCCAGUCCAGACCUCCGUGCCCUAAGGUCCUAAAUUUGAUCAGUCGAUUGAACGCUGUUGGUCUUUUUCCAUGACUGUGAAGCGACCGCUCAUGUUUUGUUCCCCUGAACCUCCUCUGGGUGACCCCCCCCCCUGCAGCCAGCACAUGUUUCCCCUCCACCGGUGGCCCCCUUAGCCCACCUCUGGAGGGGCCUGUCGUAAGGGAGGCCAGGCAUGUUGGGCUGCAGCUGGAGGAAAUUAGAGGUAGAAGUUGAGGUGGGAGGAGGUAUUUUUAGCUCUGGGAAUGUUUUGAGUGUCUGGUUGCAGCUCUUGGACCUGUGGUGUGGAUGGAUGAGGUUGGAGGUGACCGUCAUGCCCAGUGAUGAGAUUUGAAAUGCUGCUUGUGUCAUUGAAAACACGCCGUAACCACCCGAGUGUCGUAACUGUGUGUGCUGAAAUGAGCAGCUGUAUCCUAAAUGUUUGUAUUUUCUAUUAAAGGAUUUGAUUAUUUUACACUCUGAUUAGCAUUCUGAUAAAGUGUGUUUUGGCGUUCUCUUAUUGUUUUAGGAAGAGCCUGCCAGUCUACAAAAACAUCUCACGCUGUCUCUGAAGAGUUCGAGUUUUAUUAACUUUCAUAACCUAAAAUAAUAUCAGGAGAACAAUCCAUAUACAGGCAUUGAUUGGCAUAGAAAUGUGCAAACACAGUAACUGUCAGCUGAUGCAAGCUCCGAACAGACAGAAAAAAAGAUGUCCACUUUGUAAAGUAUUACAGAGGUGAUGAAAAUAAUAGAUAUAAAUAUACCUUGCUUUUCACUUUUCACCAGCUUAGAGUGUUUUCUACCCCUGAAUAACUGGAAGAAAAAGUUGUGCUUUUAUACAUCCUGAAAAAAAAAAA